GUAUGAUGUGUCAGCUAGGUUUCGUCGAACCCAACUGUUGGGUUCGGUGGAAACCCAGCCUUGCUGGGUUCGUUGACCAGCCAAGGCUAGGUUCAUCGGAACCUAGCAUAUUUGGGUUCCGUCGAACCGAGCUCUGCUGGGUUCGGUUGCUUCGGUGGAAACCCAGCCUUGUUGGGUUCGUCGACCAGCCAAGGCUGGGUUCGUCGGAACCCAACCUUGUUGGGUUCAUCGACCAGCCAAGGUUGGGUUCGUCGGAACACAACCUUGCUGGGUUCGUCAACCAACCAAGGCUGGGUUCAUCGACCAGCCAAGGUUGGGUUCGUCAGAACACAACCUUGCUGGGUUCGUCGACCAGCCAAGGCUGGGUUCAUCGGAACCCCGCAGAUCUGGGUUUCAACGAAUCUAGCUUUCCCAGCCUUGUUGAGUUUGUCGGAACCCAACCUUGUUGGGUUCAUCGACCAGCUAAGGUUGGGUUCAUCGACCAGCCAAGGUUAGGUUCAUCGGAACGUAGCUUUGCUGAGUUCGUCGACCAGCCAAGGUUGGGUUCAUCGGAACCCCGUAAAUCUGGGUUUCAACGAAUCCAGCUUUCCCAGGAAAGCUGGGUUCGAUUGAAACCCAACAGCUGGGUUCAUGUUUUUUCAUUCUUCUUUCCAUUUCCACUCCCAGUUAUUAAUAAAUUUGGGGGUUGAUUUACAAUUUGAUUGCAUUUUUGUUAGAAUUUGAUUAAAGUUUGAUUGUAUUUUUGUUGGAAUUUGAUUAGAGUUUGAUUGGUAUUGUUUAUUGAAUGGUUAAUUUGAUUUGAUAAGAUCUGCAGGUUUGAGGUUUUAAUGAAACCCAGUAGCUCAA